CCGAGCAGAACGUCCUCGAGUGUGCCGCGCGUUCCGUCCGGAUUCGGCCGACUCGGAAGUACCCCCACAGGCGCCCGACCAGAGCACCCAUGGGCGCCUCGGCGGACUUGGCGCUGCGGCGGUGAGACGCGCUCGCCAUGAUUUGGGGAAGCCUUCUGCCGCUUUUGCUGUGGUCCGCGCUCGCCAACAGGACUUUGGAGCCGGUGCCCUUCUUCCACGGCCACGUGUUCGAGAACGCGUCGCCGGGCUCCCGGGUCAACGGGCUGAGCGUGCCGCUGCGGAGGCUCAACUCGCGGCGGUUGUCCUCCGAGCUGUGCGCCCAGCCCCGCUGGAGGCUCCUGGGCGACGGCGGCGACAGGUUCCGCGUCCUGGCGCACCACAAGCGCGGCCACGUCCUGCUCAGGACCUGCGGGCUGCUGGACCGCGAGGAGCGGGCCGAGUACGCGCUGGGGGUCGGCGCGUGCUGCGGCGGACCGUGCGCGGAGGUGGCGUCCGUCAAAGUGGACGUGCUGGACAUCAACGACCACCGGCCCGCCUUCCGGGGCGCCGACGUGACUCUGAGCCUGGACGACGCCACCCCGCUGCGGACGGUGGUCUACACGGUGGCGGCGCGGGACGAGGACAGCGGAAAGAACGCGGAGCUCUUCUACUUCGCCGCGCCCAAGAACGGCACUUUCUACGUGGUGCCCAAAAGCGGCGACGUCCUCCUGGUGGACUCCAUCCUGGGCCGGGACGGACCCAUCAAGUUCACCGUGUUCGCCCGCGACCGAGGCUGGCCGCCCCUCACCAGCGAGGGCAUCGGCGUGGAAGUCAGACCGCGCCAGUGGCUCUCGGCCCCGCGAGAAAAAAGUCCCGGACGGACGUCCCGAACCGUCCGCGACGCCGAGGGCAGCCCGCUGUCCAUCAACGUGUCCGAGGACGCGGGCAUCGGCUCGGUGGUGAUGAACCUGAACCCGGUCCGCUUCCAGGCGGCCUCCUUCGAGCUGGUGGAGCCCGACGCCGAGAGCUCGCCGGUCAGCGUGGCCCGGGACACGGGGGACAUCGUCAUCGCGCGACGGCUGGACAGAGAGACGGAGCCGCUGGUGGAGAUCUGCGUCCGGGUGCGCGACAAAAGAGGGCCCGACUGGUACCUGGUCCGAGUGGAAUUGACGGUGACCGACGUGAACGACAACGUCCCCGAGUGGCGCAUGGCGCCGACGCCGUACCUGGCGGUGGUGUCGCCCGACGCCUCGGCCGGCUCCUUGGUCUACCAGCUGCACGCCCAGGACGGCGACGAGGGGCUCAACGGCGACGUGGAGUUCUUCCUGGUGGACGGCGGGGACGGUCGCUUCGAGGUGGACCGCAAGAGCGGUCAGGUGCGGACCACCGGGCUUCCGCUGCAGCGCGACCGCGAGUACCUGCUGACGGCGGUGGCCGCCGACCGGCUGGGGAGCCGCAGCGUCCCGGCCGUCGUGUCGGUGGUGGCGGGGGCCAGGCCGCCCCAGUUCGCCAACGCCUCCUUCACCGUGGCCGUACCGGAGAACACGCCCGAGGGCCAGCCCUUCCUGGCGACGACGGCCGUCUCCUUCCAGAAGCAGCCCGUCGGCUACAGCCUGCUGAUCAACCCCAGCAGCCUGUUCUCCAUCUCGCCCGAGGACGGCCGGAUCAGCCUGACCCGGCCCAUCGACUACGAGAGCGACCAGCGCCGCUACCUGCUGCUGGUGCGAGCCGGCGAGGGCCAGGACAGCAUGAGCAGCGCCGCCGAGGUGCGAGUCAUCAUCGAGGACGAGAACGACUGCGUUCCCGAGUUCCUGCAGUCCAUCUACAGCAAGGACGGCGUUCCCGAAACCGUCACGACGGCCACGUCGCUCCUCCAAGUGUCCGCCAGCGACUGCGACUCUGAGAAAAACGCCGAGCUGACGUACUACACGCUGAGUCCCGACUUCACCGUGUCCCCGCACGGCACCAUCUUCCCGGCGGGGCCUCUGGACUACGAGAGGCCCAACCAUCUGUACGAGUUCGUGGUGAUGGCGGUGGACAAGGGCCAAGUACCGCGCACCGGCACGGCCACGGUCAGGGUGCGCAUGGCCAACGUCAACGACGAGCCGCCCGAGUUCUCGCAACACGCCUACCGGACGUUCGUGUCUGAGGACGCCGGCCCCAACACGCUGGUGGCCACCGUGCUGGCCAAAGAUCCCGACGGAGACGGCAUCACGUACCGCAUCGCUUCGGGCAACGAGGAGGGCAACUUUGUCAUCGACAGUCAGAAAGGUCUGAUCCGUCUCCGCUCCAGCCCCCCGCCUCAGCUCCGGGGCGUGGAGUACGUCAUCAACGUGACGGCGACGGACGACAACGCCUCGGGCGGGCCUCGGGCCCUGUCUUCCACGGCGCAGGUGGUGGUCGGCGUGGACGACGUCAACAACAACAAGCCCGUCUUUGAGAAGUGCCAAGAGUACCGGGAGAAGACGACGGUUCUGGAGAACCAGCCGGCCGGGACCUUCGUGCUGCAGGUUCGCGCCGCGGAUGCCGACGAGGGUUCCAACGGGAAGGUGACGUACGGCUUCAUGCACAAAGACUCCACCGUGCCCGCCUUCAGCAUCCACCCCGACUCAGGGACGAUCGUGACGGCCAGGAAGUUCGAUCGCGAACGCCAGCGCGAGUACGCGGUGACGGUGACGGCCACCGACCGGGCCGCCGACCCGCUGAUCGGCAUCUGCCAGCUCAACAUCCUCAUCGUGGACCAGAACGACAACAGCCCCAAGUUUGAGAACAUCCGCUAUGAGUAUUUUCUGCGGGAAGACACGAUGAUCGGGACCAGCUUCCUGCGAGUGGCGGCCCACGACGACGACUUCGGAACCAACGCCGCCGUCACGUACUCCGUGUCCGGCGAGCAGCCGGAGUACCUCAGGGUCAACCCGCUGACCGGCUGGGUGUUCGUCAACCAGCCCAUCUCGCAGAGGAGCUACAUCACCCGCGAGAUCGUGGCCACGGACGGCGGCAACCGCAGCAGCUCGGUGGAGCUGGCGGUCACCAUCACCAACGUGAAAAACCAGCCGCCGCAGUGGGAGAAGCCCAGCUACGCCGUGGUCGUGCCCGAGAACACCGUGCGGGACACGCCCAUCGUGACGGUGAAAGCCACCUCCCCGCUGGGGGACCCCAGGGUGACGUACAACCUGGAGGACGGCAUGGUCCCGGAGACCAACAUGCCGGUCCGCUUCUAUUUGACCCCCAACCGGGAAGACGGCUCGGCCUCCGUCCUUGUGGCGGAGCCUCUGGACUACGAGACCACCCGCAACUUCAUGCUGAGGGUCCGAGCCCAGAACGUGGCGGCCGUCCCGUUGGCUGCCUUCACCACGGUCUACGUCAACGUCACAGAUGUGAACGACAACGUCCCCUUCUUUACCUCGUCCAUCUACGAGGCCUCGGUCACCGAGGGCGCCCAGUCGGGAACUUUGGUGUUUCAGGUGUCCGCCACCGACAUGGACUUGGACCUCAACGGGAAGAUCGCCUAUUCGCUGCUCGAGGAUCGCAGCGGGGACCACCAGUUUUUCCGCAUCGACCCCGAGCUGGGUUUCAUCUACACCCAGACCGUUUUCGAUCGCGAGACCAAAAGUUCAUACCUGCUGGAGGUCCAAUCGGUGGACGGCUGGGAGUCAGCGAGGCCCGGAAAACACGGGCAGCCCAACUCCGACACGGCGUACGUCCGCGUGUUCAUCAGCGACGUCAACGACAACAAGCCGGCGUUCGCCCAGACCACGUACGAAGUGGACGCCGACGAGGACGCCGACGUGGGCUUCGCUGUCCUCACCGUCAGUGCCAAUGACGGCGACGAAGGCGGCAAUGCCAAACUGCGCUACCAGAUCACGUCCGGAAACACGGGAGGCGUGUUUGACGUGGAACCCGAAGUGGGGACCAUCUUCGUCGCUCAGCCUUUGGACUACGAGCAGAACAGAAGGUACAAGCUGCACGUCGUGGCUUCCGACGGCAAGUGGGAGGACUACGCCACGGUGUCGGUCAACGUGGUCAACAAGAACGACGAAGCGCCCGUGUUCACCGUCAACGAAUACUACGGCAGCGUGACGGAGGAACUGGACGGCUCGCCCGUCUUUGUCUUGCAGGUGACGGCGUCCGACCCGGACAAGGACGCCGACCAGGAGGCUCUGCGCUACUCCCUUCACGGCCAGGGCGCCGACAGCGAGUUCCUCAUCGACGAGGUGACGGGGAAGAUCUACGCCCAGAGGACGCUGAACCGCGAGGAGCGCGCCGUCUGGCGGUUCGUGGUCCUGGCCACGGACGAGGGCGGCGAGGGCCUGACGGGCUUCACCGACGUCAUCAUUAACGUUUGGGACAUCAACGACAACGCGCCCGUCUUCACCUGCGCCCCCAGUUGCCACGGCGACGUCGCCGAGAACUCGCCGGCCGGCACGUCGGUGAUGGAGAUGACGGCCGGCGACCUGGACGACGCGGCCGUGGGCCAGAACGCCGUCCUGUCCUACAGGAUCGUGGGCGGUUUGGACGAGACCGGGGGCGUCCCCGCGUUCGCCGAGAUGUUCGCCAUCAACCACGCCACCGGGACCAUCUCGGUGGCCAUGGGGGGUCUGGACCGGGAGCAGGUGGAGUCCUACAUGCUGGUGGUGGAGGCCAGAGACGGCGGCGGCAUGGCGGGGACGGCCACGGCCACCAUCCAGGUCACCGACGUCAACGACCACGCGCCAAACUUCCUCCAACACGUCUGCCUGGCCAGGAUCUCGGAAAACGCUGAACCCAACGCCGAGGUCCUGGAGCUGAGGGCGGAGGACCGCGACACGGGCGAAAACGGCCAGCUGACCUUCAGCGUGGUGGCCGGAGACCAGGAGCAAAAGUUCUACGUGGUCAGCAACAAAGCGGAGCAGCGAGGAAGCCUCAGACUCAAGAAGCGGCUCGACUACGAGAAACACAGCGAGCAGCGAUUCAACCUCACCGUCAAGGUGGAGGACUUGGACUUCUCCAGCCUGCUUCACUGCACGGUGGAGGUGGACGACUACAACGACCACGCCCCGGUCUUCAUCCCCCACUUUCUGUCUCUGGGGCCCCUCUCGGAGGACGUCCCCGCGGGGACCAGCGUGGCCCGCCUGGCGGCCAGCGACUCGGACUCGGGCCAGAACCGCCAGCUGGUCUACAGCCUGUCCCGGGACUCGGACCCGGACGGGCUCUUCGCCGUGGACCAAUCGGGCGUCCUGACGGUGGCCCGGCCUCUGGACCGGGAGAGGACGGCGCAGCACCGGCUGGUGGUCGUCGCCACGGACCAGGGGGCGCCCGCCCUGUCGGGCAGCGCCACCGUGGAGCUCCCCCUGCUGGACGUCAACGAUAACGGGCCGCAGUUUGAGGCCGCGUACGAUCCGGUGGUGUUUGAGAACCUUCCGGGACCUCAGGUCGUGAGCGUCAACCGGACGUCCACGCUGCUCCGAGCGGUGGACCGCGACUCCCCGGAGAACGGCGCUCCUUUCCGCUUCGCCGUCCCUGACGACUAUCGCUACGGCAACGACUUCUACCUGAAGGACAACCUGAACGGGACGGCCACGCUGACGGCGCUGCGGACGUUCGACCGCGAGCGUCAGAAGGAGUUCCCCAUCCCCGUGGUCAUGAGCGACAGCGGCCGUCCCGCCAAAACCGUCACCGCCACGCUGACCGUCACCGUCGGCGACUACAACGACCACGCCCACGUCGGCGGGGAGAAGACCGUCUUCGUCAACACGUACAGAGGCCGCAUGCCCACCACCGUUUUGGGGAAGGUGUACGCGCCCGACCCGGACGACUGGGACAACAAGACGUACGUCUUUGAGGGACACGUACCCACCUACUUCAUCCUGAACAAGCGCACGGGCUUCGUGAUCAUCAAGGAGAACGCCCCCGCCGGCGACUACCACUUCCUGGUGCGCGUGGGCGACGGCGUGUGGCCCGACGCCAUCUCCGCGGUCACCGUGCACGUUCGAGAGCUCCCCGAUGACGCCGUGCACAACUCGGCGUCGCUCCGCCUCGCAGACAUGACGGCCAACGAGUUCAUGGAGCCGAGGGGGAAGCAGCGCAGCCGCUUCGAGCUCCUGUCCGACUUCCUGUCCGAGAUGCUGUCGGCGUCGCCGUCCGCCGUCUACGUGUUCGGCCUGAGCGACGCCCCCGGCCGCAUGCUGGACGUGCGCUUCGCCGUGCGCGUCGCCGGCGCCUUCCUGCGGCCCGAGAAGAUACACGGUUACCUGGCGGCGCACAAGCAGAAGCUCCAGUCCUUCCUGCAGGUCCGAGUCUUCCAGGUGCGCGUGGACGAGUGCCCCCGGUCCGAGUGCGGCGGGGCGGGCGGCUGCUCCAGCGUCGUCGGCGUCCGGGACGCGCCCACCGUUGCGGACUGCGGCCCCAGGACUUUGGUCUCCGUCACGGUGGAGGCGGCCGCCGUCUGCGCCUGCCCCGGACGCCAGCAGACGCAUCAGCCGUGCGACGCUUACCCCGAGAACCCGUGCUCCAACGGGGGCGUGUGCGUGGACACGCAGCACGGCUACAGGUGCCAGUGCCCGGCCCAGUUGGAGGGCCCCGAGUGCCAGCAGAACAAGCACAGUUUCCGCGGCGACGGCUACGCGUGGUUCCCCCCCAUGACGCCGUGCUUCGAGAGCCACGUCUCGCUGGAGUUCAUCACCGAGGUGCCCGACGGCCUGCUGCUCUACAGCGGGCCCCUGGCGCAGCUGCAGGCCUGGGACCACGAGGACUUCGUGGCCCUCGAGCUCAUAGACGGGACCCCCACGCUGAAAAUCAACCACGGCUCCGGCACGGUGGUGCUGCAGUUGCCUGGCAACGUCAACGUGGCCGACAGGCGCUGGCAUCGGCUGGACGUCCGCAGCGACGGCAAGGAGGUGCGCUUGACGCUGGAUCGCUGCUCGGGGGCGCCGGUCACGGAGAUGGAAGGUCUGGGAAGCUGGCUGACCACCGAGGACCACUCGUCCUGCGAAGUGAGCGGCACCACGCCCAACACGGACCGAUACCUCAACAGCAGUCAAGUCUUGCAGCUGGGCGGAGUCAACGAGGACAUUCCGUACAUUUACCCUCAGCUUCAACACAAACACUUCACGGGAUGCAUCCGCAACCUCGUCGUGGACAGCAAGCUGUACGAUCUGAGCUCCCCGGCCGACUCCCGGUCCAGCUCCCCGGGCUGCCAGACCACCGACGGCGGCUGUGUCAACAUGGGCUACCCGUCGUGCGGACGCCGCGGUCGCUGCCACGGCGAGUGGGGCUCCUUCAGCUGCCAGUGUGUGCCAGGAUACAGCGGGCAACAGUGUGACCAGGAGGUUCCCGAGUACUCCUUCGACGGCCGCGGUCACGUGCGCUACCAGCUGGCCUCGCCCUUGCCGCCCCGGAGGACGGCGGUGCAGAUCCUGGUCCGAACCCGCAAGCACAGCAGCGCCGUGCUCAGUCUGAGCUCCAGAGAGCAGAGCGAGUACCUGAGACUGGAGAUUUGUCAAGGCCUGCUGGGCGUGUUCUACAACCUCGGCGACGGCGACCACAACCUGACCUUGCCCACGUACCGCCUGGACAACGGCGAGUGGCACCAGAUCUCGCUGGAGCGCCACGACAACGAGAUGACGCUGCAGCUGGACGGCGGCGGCGGCCGGCGGGAGGUGACGGGGGCGCCGGGCCGCAGCCGGGAGAUCGUCAUCGACCCCACCGCGGUCAUCCUGGGCAACGCCUUCCCGUCCGCCCUCAACAAAAGCUUCCAGGGCUGCAUGAGGGAUCUGCGGCUGAACGGCCGCCACCUGCCGAUGGACGGCCGGACGGCGCCGGAGGGCGUCUCGCAAAUCGCCGCCCAAGGCCUCGCCCCGGGGUGCCCGUCCGACUCGUGCAGGAGGAACCAGUGCAGCCCCCCCUUCACCUGCGUGGACCUGUGGCGGGUGCACGAAUGCAGGUGCCCUCCGGGCCACAUGGUCCGCGUGAACGGCAGCAGGAAGUCCUGCGUGUACACUUUGUGCGCCACGCGCCCGUGCCACCGCGGCACGUGUGUGGCGCAGUCGCCGUCCGCCUUCACCUGCCGUUGCCCCGACGGCCACCGGGGGCGCCUGUGCGAGACCGCGCUGGCCGUCUACGGCGACCGCGUCGGACUCAGCUUCAGCUCGCUCUUCGCCAUCUGCGUCUGCUUCAUGGCGCUGCUCGCGCUGCUGCUGGCCAUUUUCGUGUACACGCGCUGGAGGAGCCACAAGGGCCCGAAGGAGGGCGUCUACCACGUGUCGGCGCACCACGACGGCUGGGAGGACGUCCGCGAGAACGUCCUCAACUACGACGAGGAGGGCGGCGGCGAGGAGGACCAGAACGCUUACGACAUGGCCGAACUCCAGAAGUCGCUUCAGCCCAGCCCGGCGCAGUCGUUGCAGUACUGCCGUUCCCGAGCGCUGCGCCGCCCGCCGCCACCGGCGCCGCCGCCGCCCCACCACCGCCGCCAGCAGCAGCAGCAGCACCUCCUCCACCAGGCCCCGCCCGCCCAGGCCCGCGCCCAACCGCCCGCGGGAACGCCGCCCCCGUCGUCGGCGUCCUCGUCCGCCUCGGGGACGGCCCGAGGGCCGCGGCGAGACGUGCCGCCGCCCGCCCGCUCGCCGGCCCGGGGGCAGGCGCGGCCCCCCCGCCGCUCGCUUUCUUUCUCCAGCCAGGAUCUGGCCCGCUACCUGUGCGAGAUCAUCCGCGACGCCGACCGGCACCCGGACACGGGGCCCUUCGACUCCCUCCAGGUGUUCUCCACCGAGGGCGGCGGCACCCCGGCCGGCUCGCUCAGCUCCUUCAGCUCGGCGGGCUCGGACGCCGGCGAGGGGGCGGCGUCGGACGCCCGGCGCCAGGAGACGCUCGGGGAUUGGGGGCCGCGCUUCGAGAAGCUGAGGGCGCUGUACGAGCGGGCCGAGACCAGCGACCUUUGAACUCCGCUGGAGGGCGGCGGCCUCCCGACGAACGCGCACGUCGACUCUUGGUGUUGUUUGCUGUCGAUCGAUACGCCGUCGAUUGCGAUUUGCUGUCGACGGAUACGCCGGCUACGGAGCUAGCUAGCUUCGGGACGUCGCUUUGGGGCGGGGCGGCGGACCCCCGGCGCUGAGGCUCGCCGCUGCGGUUGCCGUUCGAGGGCCCUUCAAUGUGAAAAUAAGUGUUUGUUUUUUGUUUUUUUUUUAUAUGCAGGCACAGCAGAGACACCUAAAAAUGAAUUUUUUUUUUGCUUCUUUGCUGGUUUGUUUUGUUGUGUAAAUAUUCAGUGAACUGCCACUCUAUGAGGUACACAACAAAGCACAGAUAAAUAAUACGGAAAAGGUCUGUUCCUGGGUCAAAACUGUCACCGUCAUAGAACUCACAACGCUGUGCGAUACAAGAAUGAUUUAAAACAUCCUUUUGGAUCAAUUUUUGGUUUCAUUUGCCAAAAAUGUUUUUUUCUUUUAAAAAUUGUCACAAAAUGAUUUUAAAUUGACAAAAGCAAAACAUAUUUUAAAUUGAAAUGUACCGAGAAACAUUGAAAAUCUGAAAAAUGCAAACAGUAUACGUUUGAUAUGUGAAAAUGGUUCAAAAUUGUAAGAAUUGAAAUGAGUCGCUACGGCAACAAAGGCGGAUUUUUUUUGUCAUUUUUUUCAAAAGUGACAAAUGGUGAAAAUGAAAUGGUGAAAAUGGUUUUGAAGGACUGCGAAAGCUGUCAAAAACCCAGGAACAGGCGAAUUCACGAUCCGUUAUUUUGAGCUUUUUCAACCCCCACCCCCCCAAAAAAAACCUUUCAAGGUGAAUGCGAGCGUCAAAAAAAAGCGUGUCAGGUGUGCAAAAUAAAGUGGCCCGACUUGCAUGCGUGAGACGCGUCAGCGCCACCCAGUGGAAGCCCCCACUAGCGCGUUUGUGCCCAAUUGCGAAUUCCACUUGAUCGGGCCCGAUGGGGGGUUGCAAGUGUAGACGUUGGUUGGAAAUUCUCCAUUUUCAGACCUUUCCUCCUCCUGCACGACUUGGUUUUGAGUUCAUUUGGAAGAUUUGUAACUUUGUUUUUCCUGAAAAUUUUCAUUCAUUUUGGAAUUUGUGUUUUGGGAUUUCAAGUCAUUUUCCAAAACAUUAAUUUUUGCAAUUUUUAACUUCUCGUUUGAUCAAUUUCACUCAUUUUUGAAAAUGAAAUUACUUAUUUUUAAUUUUUGAAAAAUGAUUGGAUUUCACACUUUGCGCUUUUUCUGCUGAUUUAGUUUUUUCUUUUGUCAGGAAAUCUUUUAUAGCCGGGGCGUCAAACUCAUUUUCCCUCAGAGGGCCGAUACGACUGUGAAAACGUUCAAAACUUUCAUGGCUUCAUCAUAUUACGCAUGAAAUGUAUUAACUAGAUUUGGAAUCUGAAUUCAAGGUGGAUGGGCGUUUUCAACCAUUGUUCAUGUUUGAUACCACAAAAAUGCUUAGAAUAUCUUCAUUUUCAUGUAUGAUAUAUAACAAUUUGAAAUCUUGUUCCAGAUUUUCACAAAAAUCAGAAGAAGUUGUUGCCUUUUUGGGCCACAUAAAAUCACAUGGCGGGCCAGAUCUGGGCCCCGGGCCUUGAGUUUUGAAACCAUUUUUGCAAUAUCUUGACAAAUUUGUUGAGAUUUUUUUUCUACAUUUUUGCAUUUCUGAACCAUUUUGACACCGUUAAAUAAUUUUCAGAAAUCCUCAAUUAUUUUACUUUUUUUUGGUCAAUCUUUUUUAUUACGUGAAAUGCAUUUUCCGGUAUUUUUAAAAAAAUGUACAAAUAUUUUUGUUUCCGUUUGUCACAUUGUUUUGUCCACGUCCAAAAAUUUGCUCCCAAAAUGGGAUUUUUCGGCAUCCUUUUCACUUUUCUGCGACGUUUUCCAGAAACGACGCAAACAAUUUUCGAGUCUCUCGUUCCGUCUUCGCAACUUCUCGAGACCCGUUUUUUUCUCGCGCGGUCGCCGACGUUCCGCCACUUCCUGUCGUCGUCGCCCCAAAUUGCCAAAGAGCCGCUCAGCUGUUUCAUCUCCUCGCUCGCCCCUCCAAUCACAGAGAACGAAAGAGACUCUUUAACUCCCCAGCGGUUCGCGUCGGUCGUGUAAUUGCGGGCCAGGAAAAAAAAAAAAAAUAUAUAUAUAUAUAUAUAUAUAAAAAAAAACCCCAAACACAUAAAGCCAGACAAAGUCAUCAAGUGCCUGAUUGGCUGCUCCGUCGCGAUCAGAAAGGAGGCGAAUGGAUGGGGUGGGGGGGGACACACUCAAUUGCGCAGGAUGAAAAUGGGAUUAUGAUGAUAUGAUGCUGACGACGCCGACGAUGAUGAUGAUGCGAAGAGGGGAAGAAGCAGGCAAAAGAAGUGCUGCAACUUCCCAGAAAAGAAAAAAAAAGGGUUUCAUGUAAAGUCGUGAAACGGAAUCACACUUUGAUGUUUAUGGAAAUACAUUUAUAGAUGCCAUGCGGAUAAAAGUAUUGAGACAGUUACCGGACGGAAGUCAAGUCGGAGUCCACCACAAAUGGACGAUUCCGUGACGGCGCCGCGCGAAGUUCUCGGUCGGAAGCGAUUCUUCAAGCCGUUUGGAUUUGUUCGUAACCGGAUGCGAGUCGUCGCGGGUCCAUCCGCAAGUUUUGGCGACUUCCGGUGUCCCGAGACUUUUGCCCGCGCGCCAUUCGAGCGAAAUGUUUUAUCGUUUUCUUUCGGCUUCGGUUUGUGACGCUUUGGCCUCGUCGGGGGUGUCGUGUCGAUGGCGCUUUUCACCUCCCGUUGUACAUACGGUCGAAGACGAUUUACGUGGCACGUUUGCUGUUGCUGCUUGUGACGCCGACGACGACAAGAAAAAAAGAAAAAAAAAAAAAACCAUUUUCUAAAAAUCAUCUGUGAUGAUGAGCUUUGAAGAGUUUUUGUGCUUUGUAUUUGCUCUCGUUUGUUUCCCCUCAAUAAAUUCCAUUCUUUGCACCAAUCGCGGCUUCUGGUUGGGUUUGCACGCGCAAAAGUACGAAACGCGUUCGUUCGUUUGUUAUUAAUUGUGAAAUUGAGCAGUGACAUCAUCAACGCUGAUUGAAACUGGAUCGUCUGACAUUUUUUUUCCACCCUUUUUCCUCACUUUUGACUCAUGUAACAAUUUUCACCCUUUCAAAAAUACAUUUCCCAAGCACCCCCAGCCAAAUAUACACUUUUUAAAAAACAUUUGGACUCAAAUGACCUAAAAGUGACCAAUUUUCUUCAUAUUUUUAGGUUUUUUUUUUUUUUUUUUAUCUUACACAUUUUGGGUCAGUUUUUGCCAUCAUUUCACCCAUUUUUUAAAAUUUUUUUGUCACAUUAAAAACCCCAACAUAAUUUCACCUUUUUUAUACUAAUUUUCACCAAUUCAGUCUUUUUUUUAAAAAAAAAUCUGCACUCCUUUUUUCAUUUUUCACCUUUUUUUGGAACCAUUGGCAAAUGUAUUAUAAAAAAAUGAAUGUCACACGACAUAUUUUCAAUUUGACACCCUUUUCCUCACUUUUGACUCAUGUAACAAUUUUCACGCUUUCAAAAAUACAUUUUCCAAGCACCCCCAGCCAAAUAAUACACUUUUUUAAAAAAAAAACCGUUUUGAGUCAAAUGACUUUUUACUACACGUUUAAAAGUUACCAAUUUUCUCCAUAUUUUGGGGUUUUUAUUUUUUAGUAAAUCUUACACAUUUUUGGUCAGCUUUCGCCAUCAUUUCAUCCAUUUUUUUUUCAUUUUUGUCACGUUAACACAAUUUCACUUUUUUUUUUAAAUACUGUUUUUGACCAAUUCAGUCUUUUUGUUUAAAAAAAAAAUUACAUUCUUUUUUUCAUUUUUCACCCUUUUUUGGGACCAUUGGCAAAUGUAUUAUGAAAAAUGAAUGUCACAUGACAUGUUUUCACUUUGACUAAUUUCCCCAACAUUUCCAGUGUCAAUUUGCACAACUUUUCCUUUUCUCUCAUUGAAAACCUUUUUUUUUUUU